AUGGAGAAUCAGCGCCGCGACGACUCGCCAUCGGGUCUGUCAGAUAUUGUCGAGGGCGAUGGUCUUCUGGGCACCGGCCUAACAACCCGUCACAUCGAAGCAUUCGGACGAAAAGUCACUACAACCGCAGGACAUUUGAUAGGACCCGGCGAACAAAAAGACACUCACUUUCACAAUGCUAUGUCAGACAUCCACCGCGAGCUUCGGCGCCCGGCUGCACAGCGCAAAGUGUUUUCGCUAGCACAAACUACGCCGACCGAUCUCGUCCGAUCGAGGCUUUCGACCUCCGAAAUCCAGUCCCGUGCCCUCUCGUCGGUCCCAGAUGAUCUCCUCGCCAACAUCCCCGAAGAUAGCAGCUCAUACUCCCUUUUCGAAGGCUUCCAGGCCUCUAUUCCCGAGGAAGAACCAGGGAAAAAACGACACCGAAGGCGCAGCUCCAAGGGCAAGCAUCUCAAGGAUGUCGAGAGAGGCGGCUCCUUGACUGCCGGCCCAGCUGGGUUGAAAGAGCAGCGAAAAUCGCUCAGUCGCAAGUUGGAGUUGAUGGGAAUCCGAAAGAACAUGUGCAGUGCGGAGAUUCACGAGAUUGACAAUAAGGUCGCCAACUUGCACAAGAUGCGCAAAAUCGUUCUAGACCGAUUGGCUGGCUUGGAAAUGGACGAGGCGGGAUUGGAAAAUGAACUAACGGAAUUGGAUAACAAGCUGGAGGAUUUCCCAGAAGAGGAAUCUUCAGACACACCAGUUGCGACGGAGACGUCGCAUUCAGAUGGGCCAGAUGAGUCUCUUGGGUCGUCGGGCGAUCCGGCUAUGGACGCCUCGUUCAUGUCAGAAUCGAUAUAUGAAAAGCUGCCCACAUCCCCACCAAAAAGUUUACGGCAUCGCUCUAACAGGAAACGAUCAAUGCCCAUCCUACACGAGCACUUCGAGCCAGGAUCUUUAAUUAAGGAAAUAGAAGCGCACACCGAUAUGAUCACCGCCAUUGACUUCGACUAUCCAUUUGGAACCAUGGUCAGCGCGGCGCUAGACGACACCGUGCGAGUUUGGGACAUGAACGUCGGCAGAUGCUCGGGUUUCCUGGAGGGACACCAUGCCUCCGUCCGCUGCCUGCAGGUGGAAGAUAACAUCGUGGCAACGGGAUCCAUGGACGCAUCCGUGAAGCUGUGGGAUUUAAGCCGUGCUCGGCCCACAACUCGGGACGGCCGUCUCAACAAGCACGAACGCGACCAGGAAGAUGGAGAGCACCAGCAUAAAUCUCCAGUACCGCUCUCUUCGAACCUUGAAGACUGCAAUGUCUUUUCCCUGGAAGCGCACGUCGCCGAGGUGACGGCGCUGCACUUCAAAGGUGAUACGCUCAUCUCAGGGUCUGCAGACAAAACCCUCAGACAAUGGGAUCUGGUCAAGGGCCGCUGUGUCCAGACACUGGAUGUUUUGUGGGCUUCCGCCCAGGCCUCCUCGUCUAUGGCUGGAGAUUCGGACUGGCGACCAUCGGGUCGCGUGCCUGAUGCCUCGGCUGACUUCGUUGGUGCCGUGCAGUGCUUCGACGCUGCUUUGGCUUGCGGUACGGCAGAUGGCAUGGUCCGUCUGUGGGAUUUGCGUAGUGGCCAUGUUCACCGAAGCCUGGUUGGACACACGGGGCCAGUUACAUGUCUUCAAUUCGAUGAUGUGCAUUUGGUCACGGGCAGUCUUGACCGCAGCAUUCGGAUUUGGGAUCUGCGCAUGGGCUCCAUCUACGACGCGUAUGCCUAUGAAAAGCCAAUCACCAGUAUGAUGUUCGAUGCGAAGCGCAUUGUGGCUGCUGCUGGGGAGAACGUGGUCAAGGUUUACGACAAGGCCGAUGGGAACCACUGGGACUGUGGCCCCGGAGUUGGAAUCGACGAUCAGGAAUCAUCUCCCGCGAUGGUCGAGCGGGUUCGUAUCAAAGAUGGCUAUCUUGUUGAAGGUCGUAAGGAUGGCACUAUGGCUGCUUGGACCUGCUAG